UGCUAUUCAAAGACAGACCCUCAUUGAAGAGUUUUGUUUUGAUUUUUUUUUCCUUCUGGGAAAAACUCAAGACUGUCCAUAGAUUUUGAUUGCUGUGAAAAUCUGAUGUGAGUUAAAGGCAGCUAUAUGGAGGCAAUCUCUGCCUUUCACACACCUGUGUAUGGCUUUUGCAACAUAAGCCUUUAUGAUAGUAAAUCUUACACCACUGUCACAGCAUUUAUGUCCUGAGAUCUUCUGGAAGCCUGGGACUUGGCAGAAAACAUUCCCAAUAUAGUGAGACAUUUGCUGGAACUUAUCACUGCAGAUUGUGUUCUCAAAUCUGAAUUUUCUUCGUCAGAACUGUCCACAGAAGUGCUCUGAAUCAUAUUUGCUUCUACACACCUCUGGGAAGCUGGGCAAAACCCACUCCCUCAGCCAGGCAUGUUGGACAAACUUGUUUCUUCCUGCUGGAUUUUACAACCACAAACAAGGCUUGAAAACAAAACAAAACAAAUCAAAAAACUCACCAGCAACACCAGCAGCCCUGCCCUGAACAUGUGGGAUGCUUCCCUGGAUCUCUGUUCAUUUCCUGGAGUGAAACUCAGACACACCAGUUCACUGCUGUCCUGAAGUGUGUGGAAGCUUUUUUCUCCCUCUCCCUCCUUUUCUUUUCCCUCCUUCCUUGUGUUGAUUUGUGGGACCAGAAUGACUUUGAUUUCAGCAAGUUUGCUGUUUAUUCACGUCACAAGUUUGACAGCUUUACACCAAAUCAGAUUGCUGGGUUUCAGGAGAGCUCUGAGGCGUCACUGGGAGCUCCUUUAGAUUAAACUCGCCUCCCCGGUCUCCCCCCUCUCCCCCUCCUUCAGAGCCUUUUAAACCUCUCUGGGGCUUUAACAGAAACGUGCUCCCAAGACCUGCAUUUCAUUCUGCCACUAAUAUGAGCACCGGCCGGCCGUGCCCGGAGCCGGACUUCGCCGGGGGCCCGGGCUGCGCCUGCCCCUGGUCCGCCCCCGCCGGUGUUUCCAAGGAGACCUGGGCCGCCGUCUGCGCCGCGGAGCCGCCGCACAGCCAGGGCCGGCGGGAGGCUCGGCUGAGCCCGGGCCACUUCUGCAGCCCGCAGCUCGGUGCCCAGGACGCGGCGUGGCAGGGAGACCAGCUGUCCUCCCAGCUCUACAGAAACAAGCAGCUUCAAGAUACUUUGCUUCAGAAGGAAGAGGAACUUGCUAGGUUACAUGAAGAAAAUAAUAACCUCCGACAGUACCUGAAUUCUGCCCUGAUUAAGUGUUUAGAAGAAAAAGCCAAGAAACUGCUAUCCUGCCAUGGACAGAAAACCUGUGCUAUUCUCAAAAGUGCCAAGAGGAGAUUAAAAGAGGACCAUUGCUUUGUUCCUCAAGAAACUCCUCAUGCUUCCAAAGCUAGAAGGAACCUCCUUGAUGAAUUCACUGCCUGUGAAGAGCAGGCCAGCCCUGCCGUGGACAGCUGGGUCUUGCAGACCUUAGGAUUAAAAGAUGUCAACACAAUUGAUGAAGCUUCAGCUAACUACAGUGCCCUGUCCUCAGACCUUGGAAAAGACACGUACUGCCUGAGCCCUGGUGAAGCAAUAGACUAUGAGCACAGUGCAGGAGCAGCAGCAGCAUUUAGCUGCAGCCACGUGCCUCCAGCUGACAGCAGUGCCCACCCAUGCAGUGAGGACUCUCCCUUCCUUCCUCAGUUUCCUUCAGCACCAUGCACCUCCUCAGCAGUACCUACUGUUUCCUCCCUCUCAGCAUAUGGGUUGCCUUAUUUGCCUGGUGAUUUGUCACCCAACAAGACUGAAGUGGCCUUCACAACAUCUCUGAGUCCCCACCGCAAUGUGAGAACGCACACCUUCCACCAAGGACAAGCCUUUGUGCGCAGGGAUGAUGACGGAGGAUGGAGAUUCACCUGGGUGCCCAAGCAGGCUGAAUAAUGCACCUGGAUCAAGGGUCAGCCAUAGGGGGUGUAGGAGACACACUUCACCUUAUGCACAGGUGAAAUGUAAAAAAUGAACCCUUCUGGACUUUGUUAAAUGCUACUCUGUCACUUACCCGCUCCUCAUUCCCUCCCAGAUUUUCACAGGUGUGACUCCAGAUUGCACUUGGACAAUUAUCUGCCCCAGGCCAGAUGUACAAAUUGGAUUCCCUUCUCUUGUGCCUGUGUCGAGAUACCUGCUUUUACUUGCUUCCUGGUUUUUCUAUCAUCAGUUAUUCCUUGUUACUGGUAGUUUCCAGGCUGGAGUGCUUUCAGCUUUGAUGAUCACUCUCGCAUGCACCAAACUGGAAAGCAUUUUGGGUUACAGUUGGGAAAUAGCACCUCUCUGAUAGAUAUCUACGGAUAACAAAGGAGGCAUAGGUUGGAGACUGGGGAUCAGCAGUUUCUAAGUGAUUUAUGUCUGUCUUGACUGCACAGAUUGCCUUGGAUUUAAGUACCAUGGUUGCCUUAUGUGCUGCACAAGGCUGACCUAUCUGCAGAUCCAUGGUGCUGUCACAUUCUUUGAUGAUGCCUCAAAAUAAACAGGAUUUGCUUCUAUUGCCUGGAGGCUACUUAAUUACAAGUGAUUCAGCGAGUUCAGGGGAUCUUUCUAAGGUGUGAUUAAGAGACUAAUAUGUUUACUAAUAUGUUUUAAAGGUAUUUUGUCAGUUAGAUAAAGGGAGUUUACCUUUGGGGAGGCAAUAUCACUUAGUGGUUGAAGUGAGUCUUUGGGAACCACAGCCUUCUUGCUUUUCCAUGUCUCUGCCAGGGAGUGGUGGGCUCAAAGUAAGACCAUCACUACCUUGAGAAUGCUUUAAAACUCUGAAGGUGCUCUAGCACUGCACAGGAUUUGACUUUUAGUGAUGCUACUAAUGAUAUGAAGUCAACAGAUAUGAAGGAAGCUCACCAGUACUGUUUUGUGUUACCUUUGUUUUCUGCUUUACAGUAGUUUGGUGCCUAAGUAUUCAAAAUAGAUUGAUUUAGUUAUUCAUGCUUUCAGAAUGGUGUCAGUGACAUUAAGGACUUAAGUGAAAAAUAAUCAUAACUGAGAAUUUCCUUUCAGUGGCUUAUUUUCCUAUAGAAAAAUGGAUAUUCCUUUAUUUUUAUCUCCUAAAUAGCCUGUUGUGCCUUAGAAUAUGUGACAUACUCCAUCAGGAGCAGUGAUGAUUUUCCAAAAGACUUUUAAAUAAACAAACUCUUUAUUUCCGGGUAGUUACUUUAAAGUAACUGCGACAGAUUUCCAGAAUAGGCAAUUAGAAAGCACUGAUUGUAGACAUUAUUGCACUGGGUUAAAAAAACAACCAACCAA